AUGAAGGUCAUCAUCGCCGGCGCAACUGGACUCGUGGGUUCUGCAGUGGUCCGUCAAGCCUUGCAAUCGAAUCAAUUCACCUCCAUCGUUGCACUAUCUCGUAAACCCUUGGACCUUGAAGAAGGCAUCGACCAGAGCAGACUAAAGAAUGUUAUUAUUAAAGACUAUGGCGAGUAUUCAGAAGACGUGAAGCAGGAGCUAGCAGACGCGGAUGGCUGCAUCUGGACAGUGGCCAUAACGCCAAUGAGAUCGCGGUCGUUGCCUUGGGAUGAGGUGAAGAGAGUCUGCCAGAGUAACACCUUGACUGGUAUGGAAGCCAUACAAGAGGCCGGCGUCAACAAGCCAUUUCGCUUUCUUUACAUGAGCGGCGCUGCGGCACCGAGAGAUCAGACCCAGAAGCCCCGUUUCAUGGCCGACUAUGGCCUGAUGCGCGGUCAAACAGAAAACAUGGUUCUCGAGUAUGCCGCCAAAAACGGCUGGGAAGCGGCCGUUGCAAAGCCAGGCCUGAUUAUUGGUGACGGUGUGCUGCACACGGUCCUAGGCGGUUUUUUGCGAGUCACGAAUAUGUUUCCUAGCCUGUCGCUCGUGGAAAUCGCUGCGGGUAUGCUGCAUCAGAUUGCAAAUGGGUUCGAGACGGAACCCCUAACCACUGAGGACCUACAACGGAUAGGGACAGCCGCGCUUCAGGCGGGGAAAUGA